GAACAGGUUUACAGGCGCGCUCCCGCACGCAUGCCCCAACCCUUUUUUGACAAGCUCAGCGUCCACCACUAAACGUAAAUGGCGGCGGAGACCAAACCGGCUGCGGCCAUCGGGGUUGCCGGCGAGAUGGAGGUGGAGGCAUACCGCCGCCUAUUCCCGGUGGCCUUCCUGGAGCGCCACCUGGGUGAGUCCGUCCGCAUCGAUGCCCGCCGCCUGAGAGAGGCCCGCACCACCACCGUCGCCCUCGGCGCCGUGUCCUCCGCGCAUGGUUCCGCUCUCGUCCGCGUUGGCGACACCGCCAUGCUCGCGUCGGUCAAGCUCGAGGUGAUGUCGCCCUCGGCCGAGUACCCAGACGAAGGAUCCGUCUCUGUUGAGUUCCACAUGCCGCCCAUCUGCUCCCCGCUGGUUAGGCCAGGCCGAUCUGCGGAGGUGGCACCAGUCAUCUCCAAGGCCCUUGAAGACGUUUUGAUGAGUUCCAGAAUGCUAAAUUUGAAGGACCUCUGUUUGAUAACUGGGAAGGCUUCUUGGCUAGCAUACCUGGAUAUCUAUUGUUUGAAUGCUGAUGGGUCUCUGUUUGAUGCUGCACUUAUUUCAGCAGUGGCUGCCUUUACACAUUUGGAGAUUCCUUUAGUUUCUGUUGGUGACGAUGGUAAAUUAUUUACUGUUGGAGGCAAUGACGGAAAAAACAAAUUUGAAUUGGUAAACAGAGAAAAGAGGAAACUGACACUUGGCGACAUUCCAUUGUCCCUUACAUGUGCACUUCAUAAAGGAUCUAUACUAACGGACCCAACUUCUGAAGAAGAAUCAAUUAUAGAGACCUAUGUGACUGUUGUCGUUGAUUCUUCAGACCGCCUAGUGUCAUUACAAAAAGUUGGAGGCACAGUGACAUCCAUGGCAACUAUUAAGGAGUGCAUUAGCUUGGCGAAAGAAAGGAGGCUGAGGCUAAGAGAAAUUCUGAUAGACUCUGUCAAAGCCAUGGAAGUCGACCAUACUGAAUAAUUCUGCAAAUACAUUCAGUUAAUCUAACCGGAUUAUUUCUUGAUGGUUCUCUGUGCCUCGGCUGCACUGAUUGUAACAGCAUUUUUGUUGGGUUAGUCCAAGUAUGUAGCUAUUUGUACUCCGCACAUGAUUUUUGACUUAAGUAGCCAGACAAUUUUAUCU